CUAUUGAAUCAGCAAUCAUAUGGUUUUGUUUAGUUUAACAAAAUCAAACUUAUUUGUUAUUUAAUAUUAAUGAAUUAAAAGCUCUUAUUAAAGCUUGAAUAAGAAUUUUAAUCUUCCUUUUAUUGGAAAAUGUCAACAGAUAAUGAUUUGGAGGAAAAGAAGGUUUCAUUUUUGAAGCGAUUUGCCGCCGAACCAUGUGUGAGGCAAACUUAUCUGUACUCAUUUACUGGUGGUUUGGUUGUUGGAUCGUUAAGCUUCAUGUUUACUAGUCAUGUUCGUAAGUCAAUAGCUAGAGGAUUUGGUAUGUUUGGUGCAACAAUGGGUGUCUAUUGGAUUUAUUGUAGAUAUAAUUAUUUCAAGGAACAAGAGCAGCUCAAAAAGAUAUCUGAAAUACUUGCCUCUAAAGCCUUAGAAUUAGGAAGUCAACCAAAUGAUCCAAUUAUUUCUGAAUUUAAGAAAUAGGUUUAUUAGUGAAAGUUUGUUGAUUCAGUUGUUAUCAUUACUCUUUUCUGAACCCCUCUUCCAGUGAGAAGUAGAUUAAAUUAUAUUGACCUCAUUGUAUCUCAAUGUUUGAUAUUUAAUAUAUAAUAUCUGGUGAACCCUCAUCAAGCUCCAAAGGAAAGGGCAAAAAGAAAAAAGUUGUGAUUCAAGAAAAUAUGAAAUCAGAUAGUACAACUAGACCUGGACGAAUAGAUUAUAAAACUAUUUUAAGUGAGAAUUUAAUCAAAGACGGAGAAGAUAUUGAUGAUGAUUCAGACUCAUCAGACAUGGAGUAUGGUGAAGGGGAAGAUGAUGAUUUAGACAAUGAGGAUGAUGACGAAGAUGACCAAAUUGCUGCUAACUUCGAGGUCUCAUCUACUGAUUUUGAGAUAUGGUUAUCUUUUUGUAUUUGAACUCAUUCUUCCAAAGGCACAAAUAGCGUAAAACAGAUAUUUAAAUAACCUCGGAAUAAUUUACUUCGGAAACUUGUAAAAAAUCACAUUGAACCUCUAACUGAGUGAGUCGACAGAUUUUCGGACAGCCUUACAAGACUAAACUGGUCAAACCAGUCAACUUUGGUCCACUUGUCUUUUUUGUUUAUUUCAGUUCAGACUUUCUAUUGUCUUUGCCUUAUACUUUAUCUUUGUAUUUUUUCAACUUAAAUUAUCAAAAUGAAUGAAAAAGAUAGUAAUUCCAAUAAAACAACAAUAAGAGUGAAACUAUCUGACGAUUAUCAAGAUAUUGUUAUUGACUGGAGUGCAAAGACAAGUGAUGAAAUUGGUGAAUCAAUAAUUGAACAGCUUUCAGCAUUCACAAGAAUACCAGGGGUAAAGAUUAAAAUGUUAACGUUUAGAAAGCCGGGUAAUGGAAAUCCUGGAAAUCCUUUUACUCCCAUUGACCCAUUGGCUAUUGCUUGUUUACAUUAUUACUGGAACUCUUGUGGUUGUAAGAUGGAAGAUAUUAGAGAUCAUUUCUUUAUAGAUGGCGAUUGUUUCAUGCUCAAUACAAUUCUACUGUUAUCAUUUGAUUUGGAUCAAACUUACGUUCAUUAUGUUUUAACGCAUCAAGAUUUAAUUGAUGAAACUCAAUGCAGCCGAUCUCUCUGCCAUCAUACAUGUAACAGAGCUUUUCUGGAUAAACAAGCUGAGAUAUGCAAUUCAGAUUUUGAUUCAUAUCUGCGCGCUCAGCCUCGGCGAAUACGUCCAUUGAUUAUUGGCGAAGAAGAAUGGUUUGAUAUGGAAAGUCGAAAAAUUGAAAUUCUUACCGAUUUUAAUUUUGCACAAUAUUUUGAUUCUUAUUGUUGCAGAUCUCGUCAUGUUUCUAUUCGUGCCAGUUAUAACCUACAAACUCGUAUUUACUCGCCAUGCCGUGGUUAACUCUGUUUGUAUCAGAUUGAAAUGUGUCGUCUUUCAUUUAAUCCCUUUUGUAGCAAAUAAAACAGAAAUAAUUUUUAUUGUUUUAUUUUAAAUUUUAUUUUACAUUUGUAUUUUU